GGGUUUUGUAGAUUUUGGUUAGUGCGUAAGUAUACAUUUCUAUAUUGAAUAUACCAUUGGUUAAAUGAACUUCCCCUAUUUAAGCUUCGUGGUUUGUGUGUACCCGAUUUUAUCUUCUUACAGUUUCACCAGGAAUCAUGAUCACAAGUUGACUUCAUUUAAAAGAUAUAGAAGUAUUACAAACCAACCUAGUAGCAGUGUAGAAUAUUAUUCCAGUGAAAGUGCAAAAAUAAUUAUAGAUUUCGUCAGGGCAGCUCAAGAACGUAAAUCGGGAUAUAGGAAUCAUAUAAAAGAAUACGAUGAGAAAAAAAUAAAGAAAAAACUCAAAAGUAAAAAGGCUAAGAAUAAACAUUAUUAUGAAGAAGAUGACUAUGACAUAUUUAAGGUAUAUUAUCCCAACAACGUAUCUGUAAAUGUAGAUGCUCAGUACAAUUUUGGUAGAAAGGAGACUACGCGUAGCAGAAAUAAAAAUGAUAAAAAUAAUUAUCCGAUUCUACGGGACGAUGUUAGUCCUCCUUCCGUCGUGACAACGACGACGGUUAGUGAUCCUGUUGUGCAAACACGUCCUAGUGUAACCGUUACGCACAAGACCAAGACCGACCAGACUACAACUACGCCCAUACAUGUGUCUACAAAUAUGUCUUUACAAUUCUUAAAUGAAGACCAACGGCAGAGACCUAUAUUCGGUUCGAACUUAUUUGACCCACUGAAAAAUGGAUUCAAACAUACAAGCAAAAAAGAAAUUUACACACAACCUACGGAAGCCGAAACCACGCAUGGAUACUUUACUACAGCCAUGACUACGGUGAAUACCAAGACCGCGGCCGCAACAGUGGAUACCAUGACCGAGGCGGAAGCCAUGACCGCAGCGGAUUCAAUGGCCGCAGCGGAUUCCAUGACCGCAACGGAUUCCAUGACCGCAACGGAUUCCAUGACCGCAACGGAUUACGUGACCGCAACGGAUUACGUGACCGCAGCUGAUUCUAUGGCCGCAGCGGAUUCCAUGACCGCAACGGAUUCCAUGACCGCAGCGGAUUCUAUGGCCGCAGCAGAUUCCAUGCCCGCAACCGAUUCCGUGAACGCAGCGGAUUCAGUGACCGCAGCGGAUUCCGUGAUCGCAGCGGAUUCCAUAACCGCGGCAGACGCCAUGACCACAACGGAUUCCGUGACCGGAGUGGAUUACAUGACCAUGGCGGAAACCAUGAUCGCAGGGGAAAUCGCAGCCGAAACCACGACUACGGCCGAAAUGUUGACCACGGUCGAAACUAUAACUGCGGCUCAAACCAUAACCGCGGCGGAAUCCAAUAGCGCGGCAGAAACUAUGGCCGCGGCAGAAACCAUAAUAGCAGCUGAAACCAUGACUGCGGUUAAAACCAUGACUGCGGAUAAAACCAUGACUGCGGAUAAAACCAUGACUGCGGAUAAAACCAUGACUGCGGAUAAAACCAUGACUGCGGAUAAAACCAUGACUGCGGAUAAAACCAUGACUGCGGAUAAAACCACGACUGCGGAUAAAACCAUGACUAAUGCUAAAACCAUGACUGCGGAUAACACAAAGACCGUGACCGAAAACAUUGCUUCGGCUGAAUCCGUGAUAGCGGGCGAGAGUGCGACUGUGACUAAACCCAAGAAUACGGCCGCAACCAAGCCAUCAUUAGGAACCAAGAAGGGUGUGAGCAAAAUGGUUACAGAAGAAAAGAGCAGUAAAAUCCGUAAGAGUGCUAUAUUCGGAUCGCAUGCAUUUAACGUGCUGAAGAAAACAAUGGAACCCAAAGUAAAAGAUAAUCGAUUAAGGAGUAAAAACAUAAGAUCUGUACUAACAAAAAAAUCGGUUGCCAGACCUUCUACAGUCCGCAAGGAAAACCGACCACCACAGUUUAGGAGCAGAACAAUAAAAUCUCCCAUCUUAAAAAGAAGAUUUAUGCAACGCAAUGAUACCACAAUAUCUCCACUCAAAUACCAUAUUACUAAUUUUGUGAACCGAUAUAGUAGAAAAAAUAUGCGUAGUCCUUACAGAACCACCCGCAAAGGUUCUUUUAUAACCCCUAGAUUACUAAAAGGAACCACCAAUAAGAAAAAUAAAUGGAGUACCUCUGGACGCUUGUACAACAAAGACCAACGUCGCACAAUGCGGAGCCUUUACCCUCCUAAUUACCUUAAAUAAGUUAUGCACUCUCUUAUUCGCCAUAGUACUUCUAUUCUGUAUUUUCUGCUCUCUUAAUCUUGGUAGUGUAUAACGAUACGAUAAAACGCCUACUUUCUCCUUCAGUUGGCUCACAUAAUUCAUUCUCGGUCCGGAAUUUUUCUUCCCUUCACUUUUCCAUCAAAAGUAUUUUUAAAUAAGAUAUCGAAUCAUUCUUCUCCUCUUACCGUAUAACUAAUUUAUAUUGUCCAACUUCAACUUCAAUUAGCAGUAUUUUUUUUCUCGCCUGCAAUUUUAUAUACUCAAUCUUCGAUACGAACUUAAAUGGCUGAAAUAUUGCAUAGGGCUGCAAUGCGAAGCUUUGAUAUACAUGGUAUUUUGUUGUAUAAAACUAUGGAAUAAUAGCUUAAGACAGGGCUCCACCAACGGCAAAUCAGCGAGAAAUGAACUCAUGACCCGUCUUCCUGAAAAUCAAUGUCAUAACGAUACAAGCUAGAUCUGUUAGACCGUUCGUUUUGCAUACAUAAAAUAUUGUUAAACUAUUGUAUUUUUUGUCUUGUAAAAUUUUUCACAAAUAAAAUUCAAUUUUCCCCGA